AAGUCACCACAGUGACAGUAGCCAACGUUGGUGCCUCCGCAGACAAUGUUUUCACUACAUCUGUGGCAAAUGCAGCUUCAAUUUCAGGACACGUGUUGUCCGGGAGAACGGCCCUCCAAAUUGGGGACAGCUUGAAUACUGAAAAAGCCACUCUCAUAGUGGUUCACACGGACGGCAGCAUUGUAGAAACCACGGGGUUGAAGGGGCCAUCAGCACCUCUCACACCAGGACCGCAAUCUCCUCCUACCCCUUUAACAUCCGUCCAAGAAAAAACUGGAACCAAGUAUAACUGGGACCCGUCUGUGUAUGAGAACGAGCUCCCGGUGAGGUGCCGGAAUAUCAGUGGCAUUCUGUAUAAAAACAGACUCGGCUCAGGAGGCCGUGGUAGGUGCAUUAAGCAAGGGGACAACUGGUACAGCCCUACGGAAUUUGAAGCUAUGGCGGGACGAGCCAGCAGCAAAGACUGGAAGAGGAGCAUCCGCUAUGCCGGGAGGCCGCUGCAGUGCCUUAUUCACGAUGGGAUUUUAAAUCCACACGCUGCCUCUUGUACUUGUGCUGCUUGCUGCGACGACAUGACUCUGAGUGGCCCCGUACGACUCUUUGUACCAUAUAAAAGGCGGAAAAAAGAAAAUGAAAUGCCUGCAACUGCAGUGAAGAAGGAUUGCUCCAAAAACAUCACUCUGCUUCCUGCCACAGCUGCUACUACAUUCACCGUGACUCCUUCUGGACAGAUCACUACCUCCGGUGCUCUGACAUUUGACCGUGCAUCGACAGUGGAAGCCACAGCAAUUAUCUCGGAAAGCCCGUCCCAGGGUGACGUAUUCACUGGAGCCGCUGUUCAAGAUACCAACGUCCAGCAGCCUUGCCGAGUCAAUCACCCCGAACCUCACUACCCAAGUUACCAGGACAACUGUCAGAUUUCAGCUUUUCCUGAGGCUGCGCUGCCGACAUCUCAUCCCAAGAUUGUGUUAACCUCACUCCCUGCCUUGGCAGUGCCCCCCACGACCCCCACCAAAGCCAUAUCCCCUUCGGUGGUGAACGGGCUGGAAGUGACGGAGCAGCGGAGCUGGCUGUACUUGGAAGAGAUGGUCAACUCGCUGCUCAACACGGCCCAGCAGCUGAAGACUCUCAUUGAACAGGCCAAACAGGCCAGCUCCUCCUUCCGCGAGGCCGCGGUCACGCAAGCAAAAAUUCAAGCUGAUGUGGAGAGGAAAGAGCAGUCCUGUGUCAACUGUGGUCGUGAGGCAACGAACGAGUGCACAGGAUGCCAUAAAGUCAACUACUGCUCCACUUUCUGCCAGCGGAAGGACUGGAAGGACCACCAGCAUAUCUGCGGCCAGUCGGCCACGGUGACGAUGCAAGCCGACGAGGUGCACGUCACGGACAGCGUAAUGGAGAAAGUCGCUGUCUGAGCACACCUACCUCUUCAGCCGUUCAUGAGCGACAUGGCGCGGCCGGCUGGAUCGGCAGCCCAGCGUGAACGGUCUGUCCU